CGGCCACUCGAGAUACUAUAAAUGCCGGCGGCUGCGGGCUGGCAAAGGGACGGGAGCACACGGAGAGAUGGACGACAGCUCCAAAGAGGCGCUGAUGGAGGAGGCACCUCCGAGGUACACGGAGUCCCCGCGCAUGCCCUGCAUCCCCCACGAGCUCAGGAGCCUCCUGCUGGUGGUGGCCCUCGUGGUGGUGGCCCUCGUGGUGGUCAACAUCACCUUCCUCCUGCUGGGGCUGCACCUCAGCGAGUCACACGCCGAGACGGUGUUGAGAAUGACCAUCCACGGGCUGGAUGGCGAGGGCACCCCCCAGCAGCUCGCCAUGAGCAAGAAGGAAAGGACCGGGACGUUCGCGGUGCGGGACGGGCUCAACGCCUCGGCCACGGUGGUGUUCGACUACAGCAAGCUGCUGGUCGGCUACAGGUCCUGGCAUCACCGCGCCUGCUACAUCACCCGCGUGGACAAGGACAAUUUCCCGGGGCUGGACGCGGUCACCGAGAGCUUCCAGCGCCGGCAGGAUGAGGGCGAUGGGAACAAGGCCGCGCCCCUGGCUGACCGCUCCAUCCUAGGCACCACCAUCAACAUCCUCUGCAGCACCGUCCCCGUGUUCUGGGUCAGGUUCCCAGGGGGAUCCAGCUGGGAGUGGGCGCUCAGCAAACACGGGUGGAGUGGGUCACAUGCCAGAGCCCGACUGCACCCUGGGGCCACCAAACCUUCACAGGGGCCGCUCCUGUCCCCACCCCAGUGCCCCAGUAUAAAAUUCCCAGUCCCUGUGGCCAGGCUGGGCUGGGAAUGGGAGGAGGAGGAGGAGGCAGCGGCAGCAGCAGCAGCAGCAGCAGCAGCCAUGGAGAGCAGCAUGAAGCAGGUGAUGCUUGAAGAGGAGGAUUCCGGGAAUGGCUGCUGCUGCCCAGGCUGCUGCUUGCCCUGCGCCACGUGCUGCGCCAAAUGCUGCACCAAAUGCAGCUGGUGCUGCGCCAAAUGCUGCUGCCUGCCCAAGUGCUGCCAGUGUCCCAAGUGUCCCAAGUGUCCCAAGUGCCCCGGCUGUGCCGGCUGUGCCAGCUGCUCCGGCUGCCUCAAGAAGUCCCUGUGCUUCGUCCCUCGGCUGCUCUGUUCCCUGCCCCGCAAGCUCCUGAGCUGCGGCUGCGGCCGCCUGCGCUGCCUGCUCAUCGCGGUGGUCGUGGUGGUCCUGCUGGUGCUCAUCAUCGCUGGCGCCCUGCUGAUGCGGCUGAGCAUUGACCAGCUCCACGCCGACACCGUCCUGCGGAGCGGGAUGUGGACUGGGACAGCCUGGGAAGAGGACGCGGCCACUUUCUACCUGGACAGCGGGGACGGGAACGCGGCCACUGUCAUCUAUGAUUACAGGAAUCUGCUGGUGAGCUACAGACCUCGGCUGCACCGCGCCUGCUUCGUGACCCGCGUGGACAAGGACAACAUCCAGGGGCUGGACACCGUGGUCGAGACCUUCCAGCGCCGGCAGGCUGAGGACAAGAUCUCCAUGCCCCUGGCUGACCGCUCCCUCCUGGGCACCACAGCGAGCAUCCUCUGCAGCCUCCUCCCUGUUUACUGGGCUUAGAGCCCGCGGGAUGGGCAGGGGGGCUGCGGGACCCCCGCCCACCCGGCAGCACCCUCACAGCACCAGCUUUGCCUUGCAGCAUCCCCAACAGCCCCGCUGGGAGCAUCUGCGACUCCUCCGCGGCCGCCCCCGCGCCGCCCACCCCGAUUUUGGGGUGCGGGGGGCUCGGAGGGGUCAGGGGGUCGGCGCUGGAGGGGCCGCAGGCGCUGGGCCGGGGGCGGGGCGGGGGUGUCUGCGCUGCGCCGGGGGACAGCUGGUUUGUCACUUAAGUCUUCUCAGCUUCGCCAAAACCCAAGUGCAAAAAUGAGCUUAAAAAAACAUGACAUUUAAAGAAAACACAA